AUGUCGGGAGAUUACGCAAACCCCUCGAAGCAGAAGGUCGAGGAUAUUUUUUCUUUGUUCCAUCAAGAUGGCAUUGACACGGUCUCCUACACCACGUUCUACGAUGAGUUUUUAGAUACGGAUAAGCUGCAGAAAUCUUGGCCGGUAGUGGAGUCGGGUCUAGGGGAGUAUGGCCUUUCAUGCAAACUGGAUCUUGUCAAGGGUAAUAUGUAUGUCUCUACAACCAGAGCUACAGAAGAUAGACACAUAAUUUUCAAGGCCAUGGAUGUCUUGCGGCUUUUGUCGAGAAGUGUUCCAGUACAUUGGGCAAUACAAGUACUGGAUUGCAGUGUCCAACAUGAGAUUAUCAAGAUUGCGAAUCGAGAAGGAGGGCUUUGCAAAUUGUUUGGGAUCAAUAAGGACCAAUUUAUUGCACGGAGGAUUCUUCUCGCUGGUGUCCUAAAGGAGCUUAAUGAUCUGACUGGCUGUGGCAUUUUUCUUAAGGGAGAUACUGUUGCUGUCAUUGGUUCACUCCGCGGAAUAAAGAUGAUCUCAAAGAUUGUGGAAGGCUGCAUUGCUCAUGGUGUGCCCCCUGCCCCCCUUGUGCGGAGGAUUAGAAAGAAAAUUCAACCGAUGAAAGAUGCGAGGGUUAAGAUGACAACAGAAGUGAUGAUGAGUUUCGAGGCUUUGCGGAUUAGAAAGAAGGCUCAGCCGAUGAAAGAUGAGACAGUUAAGAUGACAAGUCAAGUGAUGCAGAGUCUGGAGGCCAUGUGUGUCUGA